GAUACACGAACAGGCUAACAUUUAUCAUUGUUUAUAACAUUAAAAUUUUUGUUUCAUUCAUUUAUAUACCCUUUGUCAGUGAAUUAUGAUUUAUGAGCUUUUAUUAAAACUUAAUAUAAACGAUAGGAAAUUCUGUCAGCAUUCAAAACUCAAGUCAGACUAUUAGUUAAUUUUUUGUUUUCUUUCUCAUUUUCUCUCACUCUUAUUUUAUCUAACAUUGUACAUAUUUAGAAAAAGAUUGCGGUAACUUUGAGCGGUUUAUUUACAUUCAAAAAAAAAAAAAGAAAAAAUCAAUAUUCUUGGAUUAUAACAAAUAAAAAGAAAUAACUGGAACAUCUAAAAAAAGAAAAGAUCAAUCCAGUGAAAUGAUAAAUUUGUACAAUGAAUAUCAGCCUUAUUAUUGCAUAUUAUUAAAAUUAAACUAGUUUUUAGUGAAAGCACAAACCAUAAAUAUAACUGUGGAUAUGUUUUAUUUAAUGAUUAUAUUUAUUAUUUGUGAAUGAUACAUAUAAGAAUGUCUGUUUGGUUAAAUAUUCUACUAUUUCUAUGUUUGUUUACUCUUAGUUCACAAUUGAGGGAAUUACUUAUCACAGAUAUACCAGAUGAUAAUCUUCAAUCAAACAAUUUAUUACAAUCUUCAGAGAAUAAUAAUGUUAAACAGAAACAUGAUACUAUUGAUGGUGAUUCAACAUUAGUAAAUAGAUUAGAUAAAAAUAAUCACAAUACUGAAGUAUAUCAUCGUCAGACAAAUUCUGACUUACGUUUUGUAGAAGCAUCAAAAUCACAAAGUUUAAAUUAUCCACAAACAAACAGAAAUUAUAUGAAUUCAGAUUUAAAUACAGAUAAUUAUAAUCAUGAACGAUUAAAUCAAACUCAGUUAAAACAGACAAUUCAAGAUAUGAACAAUAAUAAUGACAAUAUGAUGACAACAGAAACAUUUGUCGGUCCUGAUGGAAAAUUACAAAUGAGUAUAUGUGAUCAUCCGAAUGGAUUUUUACGAAGACAAAAAAAAUUAUGCCGUCAGUAUUUACAUUUAAUGGAAAGUGUGAUACGUGGUUAUUUUAUGGGUUUAAAAGAAUGUGAAUAUCAGUUUUCUGCACACCGAUGGAAUUGUCAAGGUCAUAAUUUAACUAUUCGAACAGCACCGAAUAAUCGAAUACAGAAACGUCUAAGAUAUAGAGAAUCUGAACCGAAGAAUGAUUUGGAUAAUUCACAAAGAAAAUCUCUACGUAUACAAACGUACUUAGAUAAACUAUUAUCAAAAGGUACAAGGGAAUCUGCUUAUGUUUUGGCUGUCACAUCGGCCGGUGUGUCACAUGCAGUCACUAAAGCAUGUAGUAGUGGUUUACAUGAUAACUGUGGAUGUGACAGGACAAUAUAUGAUCAUCCUAGAGAGCCGAAUUUUGAAUGGUCCGGCUGUUCAGACAAUAUAUAUUUCGGAGCAGAAUUUUCAAGACAAUUUCUCGACGUGCGUGAACGCAACAGGUUGAAGCGUAAUCCGAAAUUAGGCCUAACCAAUUUACAUAAUAACUAUGUAGGAAGACAUAUGGUUAUCAAUAAAAUGGAAGUUCAAUGUAAAUGUCACGGUGUAAGUGGAUCAUGUGAGAUGCGCACAUGCUGGAGAUCGCUACCGAAAUUUCGACAUUUAGGUGCACAAUUACAAGAAAGAUUUCAUGAAGCUAUACAGGUCGCUUAUAUGCAAAACCGUUUGGUUCCAAUGAAAGCUUUAGAACAGUUAAAUAAAGAAUCAAAUGGAAACGCGCUUUUGCUUUCACACCCCGCUUUAUUAUCAUCGUCAGUAUCUGGAGCAUCAUCAUCUCCUGGAGCAGCAAUACCAUCACGAGUUAAUCGAAAUACCUUAGAUUCGUUAACUAGUUCAACAUCACUAUCUCCAUCAUCUUUACCAUCACCAACAGAAAAUGAUUUAAUUUAUAUAAGUGAAUCACCAACAUUUUGUCAUCAUGACCCGCGGUAUGGCAGUAUCGGUACAUAUGGACGUCAAUGUGACGAAAAUUCCCAAGGUUUAAAUAGUUGUCAUUAUUUAUGCUGUGGUCGAGGAUUUAAACGGCAAACAUUUGUUCAACAGGAAAGAUGUGAUUGUAAAUUUCAAUGGUGCUGUAAAGUUGUCUGUAAGACAUGCCGUAAAACAGUGGUCAUAUCCACAUGUAAUUAAUAACUAUGAAUAUGCACAAAUAAAUGCAUCAUUUUACGGUUUAAAAUCAUUUUAUGUGUUUGUUUUCACUUUCGUACACUAAAUUCCCUACCUCUAUGAUUCUCUUCACAUCUAUUCCAAAAAUGCUUUUCUCCCAUACUUGUAUGACAAAAAUGUCUGUAUUGAAAUUGGAUCUGUUGCUAACAGUGACAAAAUAGCAGUCACAAUCAUCAUGAUACUAUUUAAAUGCCUAAACCCAUCAGGAGAGAUUACAAUCAAUUGUGACAUGUUGAAAACAAAUAAAAAAACUCAUCAAGUUGUUGGUAUUUUAUUCCAUGAAAGAAAUUAGAAGACUAUCAUGAAUAAUCAGAAGUAAACAUUUUUUUAACGAGUUUAGUGUGAGUAGUACAGAAAAAUGAAAAAGACCAAAAUAAACAAAUGAAUAUACAUAAUUUACUGUUUUUCUCAAUUCAUUCUUUUCUUGUUCUCUGUUUUUGUUGUAAAUGUUUAUUUUCUUAAUAUACUAACUAUAACAUGUGUAUAUUCUAUUUAUAGUCAUUCAUUCACCAAAUCAAUCAGUUAAUCACAAUUCAUUAUUCAUAAUCUUUAUAUGAUAAAACAAAGCAUAAAAUGAACACCAUGAAUGAUCAUAAUACAAACUCAUCUGUUGUAUUUUAAUAUACAAAUACAUAUUCAUUUUGAUCUGUCCACUAUACACACAUGUAAACAUUCAGCUAUUUAUGAGUUAAAAUACAUAGUGAAAGGUUAAGUUCUG